AGGUGUCAGGAAGGGAUGUAUUUCAUGUUGGAAGUUCCCGUGCUGCCCCAUGCAAGUAACUUGUUACUUGUAGCGUGUAGGUGAUAUGUCUGAACUGUAUAAAGUUACAGAUUCCUUAUUGAUAAGCAAUGCUAGAGCUGCCUGCAAAAAGGAGCUUCUCAUAUUAGAGGGAGUGACGUGUUGCAUCAACAUUUCCAGGAAGCAGCCAUUCCCAGACUAUAAUCUCUAUACUCUUCGGAUUCCUGUGCUUGAUCACCCACUGGAAAACCUGUCUGAACAUUUUGACCAAUGUGUGGAUCUGAUAGACAGCACUGUUCGCAGUGGAGGGAAGUGCCUGGUCUAUUGUAAGCACGGACGUAGUCGAUCAGCUACAAUCUGUAUUGCGUACCUGAUGAAAUGUAAAAAUAUGAACCUGUUGGAAGCCUUUCAGAAGAUUAAAACAAUAAGACCAUCAGUAGAGCCCAAUGCUGGAUUCUGGUCCCAGUUGGAAUCAUAUGAAAAAUCUCUUCAAAAGAACAAGUGAAUGCAGAAUUACUGUGUGGUCCAAAUACUCCCAUGCUACCGAGUGAUUAAAGAUAUCACAUGUAGGUCUCCUCUUAAACAUCACGUCUUCUGAACUGGCAAGUACUGGGAUGGGAGCUCCUGAGAUUACAUGGUGUUUUUUAUAAAGAUGUAAAAAUUAUUUCACAAUUUUCUGUAUUAAGUAGAUGUAAACCUAACCGGAUGACAUUUAGCUUGCUGAAUCAUUGAGCAUAGUAAACAAUGUCAUGUUUUUUCUUUUAAAAUAUACUUAAUUUUUUUAUUUAUUUUCAUCUCAAUGCUGCUCAUCUACUUCUCUUUUUUUGCCAAUUCCUAUUAACAUGCAUAUGCUUCAACGAGAGCAGCAUGCAGUUAUUCAGGGCCCAUUGGUGGCAAUGAAAUUGCAAAAUGUGUCAGCAUAGCAAUUACAGUCUCCACCAGUUCUUGGCUUUUUCAUCAAAGGUGCAUGUGACAAAGUGACAACACAGGAGAACAAUUGGAAGACAGGGACAUUGUCAUCCUGUAACAGAAAUUGGCUAACCUAGGACCUUCACAGCAGGAUUUGCAGGCAAUACUUUAUUAAAAUCUGUAGAUUUGAAAGAUUUCAAGAGAUUGAAAACUAUUUUUGAAAGGUAACUUAAGAAGCCAAGAACAAAGCGGAUAACAGGGGCUUUGGCGAGGACUACCGUUAAAUGGCAUCCACAACAGAAAGCCCCUCUGUCACUAAGACACCAGACAAAUCUGAGAGCAACCAAGAAGACAACAUAUCCCCCGACCAAGCCCAGAUCUUUGCUUCACAAAGCUCUGCAGACCACAUCUAAACAGAUAACAGGUAGACUACUGUGUGAAAAUAGGGAGCUGGGGCAACAGACAUCAUUACUGUGGUUGAUGGCCACGAGAAAGACCUGGAAACCCUCCGCGAUGAAAAUGCCCUGCUCUUCUCUAAGAUAGAAGUCGGUGAGAUCAGAUUUUUUGGUCACUUUGUCAGUCUUCCUCCAGGAGCUUGCUCAUAAUAUCCCAGUCAAGCACAUAUGGAUCAAAAGAGUCCACAGAAUUGCCAACAAAAAGCAAUCUUAGAGAAAUAUUUUAGUUAUGUAACUAUUAUACCACUCAAAGGACUAUCUCCUGCUAGCCACUAGAAAGACCAACCAGCUCUUUUUUCAAGAUAAUCAGUAUCAGCUUUUUACAGAUAUCUAAUCUUUCACAAUCACCAAGAGGAGAGCCAUUACACUCUGCCUGGAAACAAAGAAUUCAUUACAUAUGGGGGUUUUCCUUUAGGCUCCUUUUCACUGUUAAUGGCAGACAACAGUAUGCACGCACGAUCCCAAAAGAUGUACAAGUCCGCCUGACAAGUUCAUAACCUACACACCCUAAUAUUCUGGGACCAGGAGCCCCACUGUGAAGACCUCACCUCCUAAGCCACAACAUGGACUCCAAGAAGAGUGCAGGUCAUGGCACCUUCAUCGGUCAAAGCCCAAAGCCACCAUUUUUGAGAUCUCAUUCCGCUGAAUGAUCUGUGCCUCUUCAGUCCUGUAGGCUUCCCUGUUUUCUCCUCUGUACUUGUGAUUCUGCGUUCUGCAAAAUAUUUGCCUCAUUGACAUGUUAGGCCACUAGUUUAAGAGAAACAUGUUCUUGGACACUGAUUUUAACGUCCCACUGCUAAGGUUCUGUAUUAUUAACAGCCCUGCCUUACCAAGCAUUUCAGUUCAUGUACCUGGGGCUGCGUUGCAAACAGCCUACCUCUGAUUUCAUGAAACUGGUGGACAUCCCUACCACCUAUUCCACUGGGCCCCCAUUUGGUCUGCCUGGUAACUCCUUUAUGAUACCCCACUCUCCCAUAGGCCCCGUA